GGGCCUGCCCCCAGCCUUCCGCCGCGCGGGGCUACCCUCUCGCGCGGCCCGCGGCCACAGUCAGCCGGACGGGCGCGCGCGCGCCGUGCGGGGCGCCCUCGCUGGGCCGGCCCGGGGCGAUGCAGUCAGUUGGGUGCUACUGGAGCGUGAAGGGGUCCCUGGGAAGAGGAGCCCUGCUCGGCAGCCCUUGGCACUCGACGUGCGCCGCAGGGGAGCCGAGAGCGCCAUCGACGUCCACAACAAGUCCCGGCUCCGCCACCACGCCGCCGAGCUCAGCCGCGAUUCGCGGCGGCUGCAGGCCCUGGUGGACAUCUCGAAGCCGGAGGACAUCGAGGGCCAGCUGAGAGUCAGCUGAGGGUCGUCGGGGCGGCGCUGCGCCACAUUCGCGCGCACGCCGAGCGUACGGCGUUUCGGCGCUGGGCCCCCGUGCACGCGGGCCGGGACGAGACGGCCGAGGCUGGCGAGGACGCGCCAGCGCCCGCCCCUCGCGGUAUGGUCAUCGUGGUGACGGCAUGCUGAUCGGCCUGACCAGCGCGGUGACCGCCGCGGGCUUGCAUGCUCACGGCGACGGCCGACGCGCUCGAGGGGCGUUGUGCUGCCAAGCGGCAGCGCUUGUGCUGGCGCUGCUGCCCAUCGUGAUGGUCGGGUCCGCCACCGCUGCCUCUCCCGGUGCCGCCUGGCUGGAGGAGGAAGUCGUGACCCCCGUGGCGGCGACCUCUCUGGGCACUGCCUGAGCGAAGAUGCUCGCCGAGUACGGCGCGGAUCUGGAGGCGCGGGACUCCAGCAGACACACCCCGCUACACUCCGCGUGCCAGGAGGGGCACCUCGACGCGGCGCGCGCGCUGCUCGACGCGGGCGCGAGCGCGGCUGCGGGGGCGCGCGGGCUGACGCCGCUGCACCUCGCAGCGGAGCUCGGCCACUGGCCCCUCUGCGAGCUGCUGGUGCAGUUCGGGGCCGACCCCGCGGCCGGGGAGGCGUCCACGGGUGUGCCCUCGCCCGCCGCCAUGGCGCGGCGCGGCAACCAUGCGGAGCUCGCCGCCCUCCUGGAGGCGUGGGCGCAGCCGCAGCAGUAGCCCCCCCUGGGCCGCGCCAAGCCGAGCCUACGAUUAUCAUUAUCAUUAUUCUUGUUUUCAUACUGGACGGGAAGGGCGUAGAGCGUUCGGCGUAGGUGUCGCUCGCCACCACUGCCAGGGCGGUUCCCAACACGGGCGCCGCCCCUGUCGCGGGCCCGCGACUCCAGUCAGGGCGGCCAUGGCCACGGCGGGAAGCAUUCGGGAGGCCAAAUCUCGACCGUCGCCCUGGCUCUGGCCGCCGCGCGGCCUGGUCUUGCCUUGUCGCCGCGCCCUCGACCCCGCGGGCCCCUGCCCCGCCAUCUGUCGUCUCCGCCCUCCACCUCCUCUCUUCUGCCCCUCCUCUCCCCCUCCAUCUCCUGCUCCUCUCCCCGCCUCCGGAGGAGGGGCAGGCCCAGGCUCGUCGCCCCCGCCGCGGCGGCGCAUCCCGCAGGGGGCGUCGGACCGUGAUGCGCGGCCGCUCGGAA